AUGGCUCCGUCAUUACGGCUUGUCCCGCUCAGCUCACUAGACGAACGUGAGCGACAACAAGCAAGCUACCACGAAUCCAGUGCUUUCACCGGCCUCUUUCGCCAUGACGGUGCUGCCUUCGUCGCAUUCAACGGGGACAGGAAUUUCAUGCAAAACAUCCCCUCCCCGAAACACUCUUCCAUGCCGAAAUCAGCAAAGACCAUGAUGGGGGAGAUUCAUUGCACCAGCUGGGCAAACCUCAAUAUGCCCCAUCUCCUUCUCCUACCUCGUUAUCAUAUCUUCAAGGGUCCACUAUUCGAAUGUCUUGAUGUCAACAGGCGCAUCCUUCCUUCACAACGCGUCAGUAUCCCUGUAUACUCCAACAAGACCUGGGAGCGUGUACGGCUCCCCGAGAAAACCACUGAUCAAUGGCUUAAACUCGAGGGGUUUCUGCUGAAUGUCUUCCGAAUGCUUGCCCUCGAUGGAUUUGAACGAUCAGAUGCCUUUGACGCGACGAAACAACCAAAAUGGCGUGAAACCUUGUUUCAAGCAGUCAACUUGGAACCUCAACUGUGGGAUGCUUUGGAAGAUGCUGUAACGGAAUGUGUCUCCGCGCCAGUGGGCGGCAUAAUAGAUCUUACGACUUCUCUGGCCGAAUUCACUCGAAUAGACUGGUUCUUUACGCUCAUCCUCAAAUUCAAGCUCUCCGUGCCAUUGUACUUCAAACUUGGCACUACAAGCGGUCUCCAAUUCAGCAAUCUGCCUUCCAUUCGUGCAUAUCGUCUCGAGAUUUACCAUGGCGAUUUAGAUCAAUUUCGUGCGUUACCAGAGCCCAAUCCCACUGUCGAAUGGGUUUUCAUCGACUCCACAAUUCGCCUGUUCGGUGUUCUUCCUAAUCCGGACUACCGUCCUGAAGCUCCACAAGCUCCUCUAUUACGUUGCACAAUUCGUGCAGAUCCUCCCUUGCCUCCUCCUGUUCCGCAAGCUGUCCCUGUUGAUCCCGGUAGCGGUCAACGCCAGGGAGAAACCAUUGUAGACUUCCUCGCACGCCGUCAACGUGCCAACGAGCGCACAGAGGCACGCGAAAGCCCAGAGAAGAAGAAAAGCCGCCUUCAACGAGAGGCCCAUGCUGCGGGCGGUGGGCCACCAGGUAGAAAUGCGUCUGCACGAGUUUUUAUCUGGGAAGAUACAAACAACGAUGAAGUUUUCAUUCGCCGCCCAAUCAACCGCGAUUUCGCAAUUGACUCGUGGGAUACAUUCUCUCCAAAUCAACGGAUCUAUGAUAGCUUUUCCAAUCAGUGGGAUCUUUGCCCCCAAAUUCCAGCUAGCGAGGACCCGGCAUGUUUCCAAGAUGGGUACUGGGACUACUUGGGCGGUGGGAAUGAGGACACCGAAAUGGCCGAAGCCCCAUCAAGUUCCAACGCUGUUGAGGAGGCUCAAUCCCAAAGCAACGACGACGGCUUUCCUAAUCUCCCUCAGGGGCUUCCUACCCGCAUUGUUGCUCUACUCAGUAAUGGGAAUGCCGCGCUUGAUAAUAUUGCUGAAUAUUAUGCAGCCGACAAGUCCAAGCCAACAAGUCCGGACCGCAUCACUCUGCAAGGCGGCCCAGUUACCAAGGACUUCGCUACAUCCAUGCUUCAAAUUCGCUUUGGUUACACAGACCACGAUGGCUCCUAUGCCAAUAAGACGACCGAAAAAACAGCGCUCAACGCUCUAGGGGAUGAUUUGGCUGGGUCUCCAAAAGAAGGUGUUAGGGCAUUACUUGAGUCUAUUCGCACCCAGAAGUCCUUGAGGACCAUCCAACCAGAGCUCAUGGAUUUGUUAUCGGAGCCAGACCUACUUUGGCAGAAUCGUUGUGUCGAUGUGCAGUACUUCUUCCAAGUCAAGGCAGAACUAUACGAGACGCAUGUCUUCAUAAUCAAGAUGCGCAGCGGAGACCCUCGGAGAAUUAUACUCUUCAAUGCGAGCUCUGUCCUCCAUAUCCUAAGGAUGCAAUUCUCAUCCUUCGAAGAGAUCGCCGAGGAGUUUGGUUUGCUUGGGACUGAGUUUUAUGCUGGUAUUGAAGGACCCACCCACCAAAUCCAGCCUGCGAUGCCAAGGCUCCAGAUCAGACUCGACUUCAUCAACGCACUCCUACUGGUGCCAGCUGCAUACAGCGGCCCAGUCUCUAGUACUCGGCACAACUCCUAUCGGCGAGCACGACUCCAAAUAUUCGUUGUCCAAUCAAGCGCCUAUUUGGAUCAACUCAGCCAAACGUCAGUGCCGGCGUAUCCCACCCGACCCGCCCUAGCUGGGCCUAGGAUGGAGCACCAGCCAGAAACAGCACUCCAAGUUUUGUUGGGGGAGCGGGGCAUUACCUUCAGACACUGGCUCACCAGUCGGUUGCUCAACCCCCGAAUAACCGAAAAGCUCCCAGAACAUCUUGACCCAGAAGGGGCCUUGCGCCUCAUCAAGGCUUUUGAAGCGUCUAGGGUCUUUUCAUCAGCCUGGACGGAUAUCUCCAACGCCGAAUUUCAAAACCCUACCGACCACAGUCAAAUCAACUCACUGCACUUCCUCCGAGCCUUAGAGGCGCCGCCCAAGGCAAAAGGUGCUCAACGGACCAUCAAUGGCGUCUUUUUAGUCUUCGCAUAUUAUGUCAUAAGCGAGGGAACAAACUUGCUGGAUCGAGACGGUGUCCAAGCCAGCCUGGUCAAGUUUCACAACAGACUUGGCAUGCCUGUUCCAAAAGAUUGGAGUAUUUCCCGUAUUCAUGACGGCUUUUCAGGCCCGCUAUCACUAGCGCUGGGUUCAACCAUCUUAAUCAUCUUAAAUGACGACCGUGAUCUCACUGGUAGUCAUACGAGUCUUACUACGGAUGCCGCAACAUUUGAUUUGCAGAGAAUAGUACAGUACCGCAGCUCCCCCAAUUCCCUCCUAUGGAAGCUGGAAGACGUUGUGUGGAAGCUAGUGUUUGCCUCAGCGGCAGGAGAGUUUCAUCCGGCCUUGCUUUUUCACAAGCUCAAGGCCUCCCAACACUUCCAACACCUCAAAGGGUUGUGCCAGUGGCUCAUGGACCCAAUUGGAUUCCAACUGCUAUGGCAAUGGAGUGGUAUUCCCUGGAAAUUAUGGAGGAUAACGACCAUCGUUAGUGGCUCCUUCAACUCUUAG